AUGGGUUGUUGCUGUAGCAGAGCCUUGGACAGGGGUCAACCUCAUACCCUGGACAAGAAUCAUCGUUCUGCAAAGCCUCCGUCACCGGGAUGGUUCGACACUGAUGUCGAAAACGUCCCAGACAACAGAACCCCGGAAGAAGAAACCGUCAAAGAAGUCCUCUCAGAGACUCCCAUUGCUAAGCCAUGUAGUGUAGAGCAAACAUCCCAUAAGAAGCCACCGGAGCAGAAAGUAAAAGCAAGCGAAAUGGAUGGUUCGCUUGUCAAGGGAGAGGAAAGUAUUGUUUCAGUUUCGGAGACGUCUCAGGUUACAGAAUGGUGCAGCAAUAUGAGUGAAAGCGUGUCGAUGGCGACCACCAUUUCGGAGCAAAGGGAAGGGGAUGAAGCAUCAAGUAAGAGCAGAGAAAUUGGUCGAAAUAUAAAACCGAAGAUUCGCAGAAAGCGGCCAUGCUCCGGCGACCUAUCAUAUCGAAGAGAACAGAGAGACAAAUGUGCAACAAAGAGGCCUGCUGAACUUUUACCAGAGAAGAAGUCCCGUGUGAAUUGCAGGUACUCACAUGGGACGACAGAAUCAAGAGAGGCAAGGACCAGGAAACUGAAUGGAGUGCAGCACGAGCAACAAUCUGGAGUCAGCCAUGGCCGCCGUUCGAGGUCACCAGCUGCUCGAACAGUUAAAGAUACGAAUAAGACAGGGAAUAUGAAAAGCAGUGUCAUGAAAAUGACUGGACAAGCUGGGGACCAACAAGAGACAGUGACCACCGAGAAUAGAGACGAAGGGAAGUUGGAGAAGCCAAUGGAUGGUUCAAUUCAGCCCCCAAAUGAAUCCAUUGAAAACCCACUUGUCUCACUUGAAUGUUUCAUCUUUCUGUAG